CGACUUUUUCGCAUGUAGUCCUGAUUGGCGGUGGCCCCAGCGCCUGGCUGCCAUGUUUUAUUAAAAAUUGCGGGGUGUGUUUGUGAUUUUAAGACACUACAACAACAUCCCCAAAGACAGGUCUACAAUGGGGGUCUGCCGCAAAACUAUUACGACGGACCGGUGUAGCGAAUUCUAAGAAGAAACCAAUACGAACGACCCAAGACAUUUCUAAAAACAACUAUAACCUAACUAAAUCAAAAUCAAUUUCUCUCUACCUACUUUUUGGUUUUUUGUGAUGCAUUCAGCUACUCGUUAUAAUGUACCAUUGUAAACGAGUCGUCCUGACGGAAUCGAGCAAGCGAGUGGCCCCCGGAAACAAGAAACUACGCAACGCACCCCAUUACAGCCUCAACUAAUUGAAAAUAUUAUGAAGUACCCACAACUUCUUUCCAUGCCCACGGCCGUAUCUGACUGGCUUGAAGAACAGCUUGAAGCACGCGGCAUUGAUGCUGUCGUCUAUACCAGAUAUGUGCUUAGCAUUUUGUACAGAGAUCCCGUUGAUGUUAUAUGUUCCGAGCGAGAACUUCAAUUUUCCCCUCAACCCAAUAACAAGGAAGUGAGACGUUCCAGCAGUGGUAGAAAACGUUUUCGUCGUUCUUCAGGCUGGUACACUCUCAAUCUGUCGGAUGCUGAAAAAUUGAAACGUUCCGCAGCCGUUCAAUGUCUUAUGUCCGCUUCUGACCAGGAAUGUGGAUUUGAAUCAUUGGUGGAUGAAUUAUGCGAAAAAUUGAAACAAGUUAAUCGCGGAAUAUCCCCGGAAUCGCCGACAAAAGAAUUGGAAAAGAAUCAAAGUGUUGAUCGAACAUCAUCGCCGGCGGAUUUGGUUAAACGUUACUAUGCUGCGUUUCCGGCACUUUCAAACGAUUCCCCGGGCAUAAUAAACCUGAUUCCAAAGUGGUUGGGUUCGCCGAAAAAACGCCACAACGUCAGAAAACAACAAACUGUAAAACCUGAUACUGAAAUGAAGAAACCGGCGACGUCGCGAUUACAAAAAUUCAAACAAUUCAAGAAGCACUUCAAUCAAUAUAAUUUCAAGUACGCCAAGAAGAUUGAGGAGAAAGAUUUUUGGGAUUUUUAUAAUUGCGAGAACAAUAAAAAUUUAAUGAUGGACGAGAUUGAGAAUAACAAUAAAGUAGCCGAUGAUGAUUGGAGAUGUUCUGAUGAUAACCUAACAAUGUACGACGAUAUGAUACAAGAUAACAUAAGAAACUUAUUAGAUUCGCCAGUUGAUAAUAAUAGAAAUGAGGACGAAGUUGCAGUCGAAAUGAUGAACAUGGCCAAUAUGAAACAAGAAGGAAAUAAACAUAUCGAACAUCACUCGAUGUUUUUCGAUGAAACAAUUUGGUCAUGCAGCAAAUUCGAAGACACAGAAGACUUUCUUCAAAACAAAUUAAAAGCAAUUUCGAUUGAUGCAAAACCAAUUCAAUGUUGUUCGGUAGAAAAUGAAAAAAACACUAUCUUUGAGAACCAACAAAGUUUCUUUUCGAUUUGGCCGAUUGAAAAGUGGUCAGAACAUGAUGAAAAAACUACCACUGAAGACAUUCACGAUCAAAUGCGUAGCUUAUCUGUUAUUAAUCACUCCGAAACGAGCCUAUUUAAAAAAGUUAUCCACAAACCGCACGAAAAUCACGCGGCACAUCACGUCGCGACUCCACCUCCAAGAAAAAUAACAAAAAUCGACGAAAACUACGUUGAUUUAUGGGAUUCCCAUCAAUGCCGUUUUAAACCAAUCGGCGAAACAAUUGUUCCCGGUAUGAAUCAGUAUGAAGAUGGGAUGACGUUUCGUGUAAAUAGCGAUUUUGAAAAAAUCGACUGGCGUAAAACAUCGGCUGGAUUUUUUUACGUCAACGACGACCCGUUACAAAGGAAAUACCUUGAAUUUAAUCGCGAACCGAAAAAACUCGAUGGAGACGGAUUUGUACCAAAAUAUUUGGUAAAACAAGAUGACGAACGUCUUCAAACGGAAUCUUCUAGUCCAAAAGCGCGACGGAAACUAUGUUUUUCCAGUGAAAGCGAGGACGACGAAUUAAACGGGUAUUUAAGUCCAGCUGUUGAUGAUGAAAAUGAAGAAGACGAAAAAAAUGAAUCGGAGGAUGAUGAUGCAGUUGAUGAUGAUGGUGAUGAAUCGGAAACUGUUAUUAAGAACUCGUGCUCUUGUAGCAAAAUCGGUUGGGAUGUUUAUUGGAACAAUAUGGAAAAUAAAAUGUUGGAUAAAGAUGUUAUUAAGAAUAUUUGGAAGAGUGGAGAGAGUUGUUUGGAUUGUGAGAAAAGACAAAAGGAAGAAAAACUUACUAUGGAGGGGAUCCAAUCAAAAUUAAGGGAGGAAUGUAUUCUUGAUGGGGAACAGCUUCUUUUAGAUUUAAACUCGGUUCAAAAUAAAUUUUUAGAAGAGCUACCUGCAAUAGAAGAUUCGUUCAACAUUUCCGAAUUGUUAAAUGGCAUAAAAGAACGUAAGAGGCGCCACUCGUCGAUAAACGGCGACGGAGUGGCGCCCGAUUUUUUUACGACGCGCCUCCAGGAGGAUUGCCUAAUUAAAAUUGGUCGACUCCCGGUGCUGCGCUCGAUGACGCUAGGACGCGUUGGUUAAAAACCACUCUCUCCCCCCUUUCAUUGAGGAUAGCAAAGAAGAGAAUACGAAAGAAUAAAGCGAAGGUAAAAAAUAUAGAUAAAAAUGUUAGAUGUAGCUGUGGCACCGGAAAAUCUCUCACUACAGUUUAAAUUUAAAAAAAACGUGGUAGAAAAGCUAUUUAAAAAAUUCUUUUAAAACUAUUUUUAAAAAAAAAAAUACAAAAACAGUUUUAGAAAGAUAUAGGGGAGAGGGAAAAAGUAUAUAAGUAAAUAAACGAAAAGUAAUUAAUAAGUAAUGAAUUAUUAAUGAAACGAAAUGAAUUAACACGCACGGUCGCACCAGGUAAGAUACGUUUUUUUUUUUUGGUUUGAUGAUAAAAAAAGAAAAAAAAAACGUCUCUCUCAAAACUGCCAUAUUAAUUUCAGUGCAGAUUGUUGUUUGAUGAACACAAAUAAAAAAUGGGGGGGACCCUCUCAAUUUUGUUGUUCA